AUGCUCGAAGAUUUCUUUCGGCAAAAUGUAUCGCCUACAGGUCCACUUCGUGAACAAAACUACAAUUUAAUGUUAUCCCCACCAUCGCCAUUACCAUCCAUAACAACAACAUCUCAUCGAGAAAAUUAUUUUAGUCAAACAUCAAUGAAAAAUGGAAAACUUAAGGAAACAAAACGACAGGAUGAAAAUCGUUCAAAAACAAAAACUCAGAUAACCGAAAGAGAUGCUAAAGAAGCAAUAACAAAAGGUCUUGUAACGGAAAUUGACAAUAUUGAUGUGACACAAUUGUCGGGAACAUCGACGUUAUCUCAACAAGGCCGAAGAUUUUCUGAAGUUAAACCACCUUAUUCAUACAUCGCUCUCAUUACAUUGGCUAUUGAAAGUUCAAAAAAUGGUAUGAUGACACUAAAUGAAAUUUACAAAUUUAUUCAAGAACGAUUUCCAUAUUUUUCUCAAAACCAACAACGAUGGCAAAACUCGAUUCGUCAUAAUCUAAGUCUUAACGAUUGUUUUAUUAAAGUUCCACGGACCUCUGGUAGUCAUGGAAAAGGAAACUAUUGGGCAAUACAUCCAAAAUGUAAAGAUAUGUUUGAUAAUGGAUCAUUUUUGAGACGACCAAAACGUUUCAAAGCAACAGCAACACGUUCAGAAGAUUCCUCUGACUAUGAACAACGUUUAUCGAUCAGUGAUCUUUCCUCCCCACAAGGUCAUAGUGUGUUUUCUAAUAACAGAAAAACAAAACUAGAUUUUGAAUUGAAUAACAGUACUCAUGACUAUGAAUCAUACAGUCUAACCAGUGCAUAUAUGCCUGAAUUUGUUCAUGAUAAUGUACAUUACGAAAAAUUUAAAACCAUGUCGGCCAAUACAAAUACAACAGCGACGAUGGAUUCCAUCAAAAAGAAAAUGCAAGCUAUGAAGCUUGAAAAAGAAAAUGCCAUUGAUCGAGCUGAUCAGGCUGAAAAUCGUCAAAAAGAUUUCGAAGAAAAACUUAAAAAUUCGGAAGAAGAAAUUAAUGGUCUUCAAAAACGUAUUCAACAAUUGGAUACUGAACUUGAUACAGCACAAGAACAAUUGGCAGAAGCAAAUGGUAAAUUAGAAGGUUCAGAGAAAAAAGCCACUGAUAACUUUCUCUGGCAAAUAAAUGCCAUCGAAUUUUAUAAUCUUUUUAAAGAACAUCAAGCUAAACGGCAUCCUCAUCAUAUACCAACGCCUUCUUCACAUCAAUAUAAGUCCAAUAAUCAAAAUAGAAAACAACAACAAAAUAAACAUUAUCAAUAUACUUCAAAACAACAGCAACAACCACGUUUUCAACAGUAUACCUUACCAGACGUACAUUAUCCGUCGGGAAAACGUCGUGAUGAAGCAAUCACUUAUAUAUUACACAAUGAAAAAAUAAAACAAAUACGUCAAAAAAUAUCAGAUUAUGAAAUUUUAAGAGAAUAUCAACAGUUAGCUCCAUCUGAAACAGAUUUAUUGUCUUCAGAGAGCAAUAAUAUCAAUAAUCAACAUUCCAAUUUUUCUUCAUCUACAUCUUCUUCUUGUUCAUCAAUCGCUCUUUACACUCGUUCGCCGCCAGAUGGAGCCGAAGAUCAUAUUCAGUAUACGAACGAGUCAAACUUUUCUCCUUCUAAAUAUAAUAGAAAUGACACUAAUCAUUAUAAUAAAGAAAAACAAAAAUCAACAUCAAGACGUCGAGUGAAACCGGGUUUUGAAAUAUAUCAUCCAAAUAAUUCGGCUUAUUCAUCACAAAUUACAUUUAAUUUAAAAAUAUCUAUUAUACAAGCAGAAGUCGGAGAUAUCAUAAGCGUUUUAAAACAGGUAUUUUCAAAGAUGUCUGGUACUACAAAUUUAUCACCAUUUUCUAAUGGGAGUACUCUACGUUCUGUAUCAAAACCUGUUUCUUCUGCGAAUACAAAUCCAUUUAAUCAAACUCAUACAUCUUCGUCUAUGAGUGACUUUUUCAAUCAUACUGAUUCAAAUACUGCUGGUAGUACUGGUGCUUCUGUAAUGGAAACGAUAAAACGUCGUAUGCAACAGUCAAAAGAUGAGCUUGCUUUUUCACAAGAUAAAUUGCAAGAAUAUAAAGUAGAGCGAGAACAUGAAAAACGUUUGAAAGAACAAGCUGAAGCUGAUGUUGCUGCCCUCGGCCGUCGUUUACAAUUAGUUGAAGAAGAUUUGGAACGUGCUGAAGAAAGAUUAUUACAAGCAACAUCGAAACUCGACGAAGCUUCACAAGCUGCUGACGAAAGUGAACGUGGCCGAAAAGCACUUGAACAGCGUACACAUCAAGAUGAUGAACGUCUUGCACAAUUAGAACAACAAUUAGCAGAGGCUCAACUUAUUGCUGAAGAUUCAGAUCGAAAAUAUGAUGAGGUUGCUCGUCGUCUAGCAAUUAUGGAAGUUGACUUAGAGCGAGCUGAGGAUAGGGCUGAAGCCGCUGAGGCUAAAAUUGCAAAGUUUGAAGAAGAUUUGAAACAUAUACAUUAUGAAUUACGUGCAAAAGAACUUCAUUAUACAAAGGCUAUGCAACGUGAAGAAAGUUACGAAGAACAGAUUCGAGAUUUAACAACUCGUCUUAAAGAUGCGGAACAAAGAGCUGAUUUAGCUGAACGUACAAUGGCUAAACUUCAAAAGGAGGUCGACCGUCUUGAAGGUAACAUGUCUACUGAGGCAAAAGCUGAGUAUGCUGGCAGAACGAUGCUUGUUUUACAGAGAAAAGCAGAUCAACUACAAGACGAACUUUUGGCCGAAAAAGAAAAAUACAAAGGUGUCAGCGAAGAACUCGAUCAAACACUCAACGAAUUAUCUGGUUAUUAA